CGAGGAUUUUCAGUUUUCGCAUGGCAGUUCAUUUUAAAAAAGGAUGAACUUAUUCGUGAUGUUUAGUUGUACGUUUAUCUUUGGAUUUCUUGGUCAUUGGUCGCAGUUUAUGCUUUAUGGUUAACAGUUAAAAAAUUAUACAUUGGUCGUAAAAAUCGCGCAGCCUCCGGCAAUGCAAGCCAGAAUCUGUCAAACUUGCGUCUUCUGCUACAGUGCUGUCAUUGUGCGCGUUCGUUUGUGUUCUGCUACUUUACGUACACGUGUUUUCGAUUCUCGUCUCUUCAGAGAAUAGUAAGAAAAAUCAGAAAUAAACAUUUUUCCGGAUGUCCAAAGCUACAAAAAGAAAGCAUGUCACAAAGGAGGUAUUGGAUGAUUAUGUGCUCCCUGAAGAUAAUCAGAAAAUAGUUAAGAUAUUAGGAGGAAAAGGAAAUAAUUUGCAUGAAAUAGAAACUUCUGAAGGUGAAAAAUAUUUAGUUUCUAUGCCAACAAAAUUUAGGAAAAAUGUGUGGAUUAAGCGAGGUGAUUUUGUCUUGAUUCAGCCCAUUGAAGAAGGAGAAAAAGUAAAGGCAGAAAUUGUUGCCAUUCUGUAUGCAGAGCAAAUCAAGUACAUUCAGAGUCAGGGGAAAUGGCCCAAGGAAUUUGUCCCAUUAGCUUCAACAGAAGUUUGUGCAGACAUUAGUUCUGAUGAUGAUGAUAGUUCUUCAGGAAGUGAUGAUUUGUUUGUAAAUACAAACAGACCUCAGUGUGUAUAUGAAUCAACAGACAGUAGUGAAAAUGAACUAUCUGAUUCUGGUGCCAACAAAGAUGAUGAUUAAAAAUAAACUAAAUGCUUUAAUAUG